CCGUAUGUUCUUCUAUGUUAAUGAAUUUGCUCGAUAUUCCUGCUGAUUGUUUGACGUGUGUGUUUGAGUAUCUCAAUGUUGAAGACUUAGCAAAAUGUCUAGAAGUGUGCAAGGAUUUUCGCGAAGCUGCAACUGCAAGUUUUAUCUGGAGAUCGCACUGUCUGUCUCGGUGGUCGUUUUGUAACAUCUCUAGUAUUGCAGAGGGAGACACCAGUCGUUGGUAUCGAUACUAUGGACUGAGACGAAGUCGUGAUUCACACAUGGAGCGAGGAAGACCUGGAGCCGAUUACACAGCAAAGACACUAAGAGGCCACAAGGGACAAGUUUGUGAUGUUGUCUAUAUCAGCAGCCCUGAUCCUAAUGAUAUUGACAGUCAAUGUCCAUCUGUUGUGGCAAGCUGUGGAGUCGAUGGCACAGUCAAGACAUGGGCUGUGAAAGAGGGCUCUGUUGUAUGGGAAUCUGGAAAGCAUGGCUGCAGUGUGAGAUGUCUAUCUGUCAACUCAGUUCAUCAGUUGUUAGUGAGCAGCGAUGAGAAAGGAUGCACUUGUGUGUGGAACACAGAAACUGGGCAAGAGACGUCAGUACUCAUUCCUGCUGGACAAGAAUGUCCCAUCUUGUCCACUACCGUUGUUUCUCGACGUUCUAAAGAUGACCAGCCACUUCUUUUGGCUGCUCAUGCUGACGGAUUUGUGAGAUUGUGGGAUGUAGGACGCUCGUCGCAACCGGUUCACACUAUAAGUGCCACACAGUCAACAAACUGGCUUUCGUUUUGUCCUAAUGAUUCAAACAUGCUGGCAACAGCUGCAAUGCAGAGAUCUCCUGUCAUACAGGUUUGGGAUCUUCGCUGUUUGUCGUCAUUAUCUGAGGACGAUGAUCAUGUACCUCUUUCAUCACUCUUGUGUGAGAUCUCUGCGCCGUCUCGCGUUAGCUGUAUCUCUUGGCUAUCAAAGUACAAGGACAGACUGGUUGUUGGUUGUACAAGCGGUGAGUUAGGUGUCUGCAUAGUCGACAGGCCACACAGUAUGAGUGGUAAUCCAUUGCUGUUGGGUCCACCCAGCUCAUGCCAAGGUCAUGAUGGUGGGAUAGAGUGUUUAGGAGUGUCUGGAAAUACUGUUGUGACUGGUGGCAGAGAUCAUGUUGUUAGUGUGUGGGAAGUUCAGUCUGACCAGAUGAUCCGCAGACAGCAACAUAAGGAUCAUAAAGACCUGGUGACUGGUGUUCAUGUGGACGGUUAUAGGGUGGUCUCUUGUUCAGUUGACUACUCUAUUCGAGCUUAUCGAUGGACUAGUCCUGCUCCACCAGCCAGAAGAGGAGCACGCCUGCUUGAAAGUAGGUACACCCUACUAGGCGGAUCGCUAAGAGCAAACAGGUCUGGAUUCAGCAAAGUUGUGUGCGACUACUCCAGCUGCAUUGGAAUAGCAGGUGAUACAGUGAAAGCCUACAACUUUAGAUCAUAACACUACAACUUUAGAUCAUAACACAACAACAACACAACUAAGAUAGAAC